UUGAGUACUCCAUUAUUGUACAGCAGAUCCCUUUGCGCAUGCAAAUGCUUUUUCUAAGCUCCCUCACUUGUGACGUCACCUAGCGCCACGUCAUCACAGGAGCAGAAGUGCUCGGCGCUUGCUGAAUGCGACCUUAGAUUAAUGGGCCCUUUGUCCUGAGUGGCACAGAUUAAAAAAGGGAAGUGCUUUUCUUUAUCAUUAAAGGGAGUGCACAUUGGCUGUCUUUGUUUACUAAAUCCUAUUUUAAAAUCAAAGUAUUCUACACAAAAGGGAGGGUGUUCUAUUAAUAGAAUCAGAUUGACUAAGGGAAACUGUUGCUUACGUAACAAAAACCAGUGGGCCCUCUCUGAAGGUCCCCAUAUCCAGGCUUUUCAAAUAGAAGAGAUGUUUUCAAGAAUUUGAAAGUUUACUUUUCUAUAUUUUCGCAGUGCUAGUUGUUCUGAUAAUAUUCAGAGGUUUGUUGUAAUAAAAGCUUACAUGGCUUAGCUUUGCUUCAGAAUGUUUUUGUUCCAGACAUGAAUAAGGGGUUUGGGCCAUUUUAUAUUUUAGAUUAUUUCUGGUCCCAAAGGCAUUAAACUGACAAUAUACAUAGGCAAGCAGAUGAUAAUAGUUAAUUGUAUUCAAAGCAGCUGCAAUGACUAAUUUCAAAUGGAAUCUCUCCCUCUCAUCCCAUAUUGUACAGUUCAUUUUUGACGCAGCCUCUUGUUUAUAUAACUAUAGCCAAUGCCUCAGUAUUUUAUUUUUCAAUUUAGGGUACAGUUAUACAUAAUAACAAAAUAAAGGUAAAAGAGAUAUUUAUUAAAAAAAAUACACUAGUAAGUAAAAUUGAUAAUUGGGAACACAAUAAUUUAACCCCUGUAUGUCACUGGUCUUUCUCUUUGGUGUGCUUUUCAAUAGUGCGGCCUCACUGCCAGACGGUGCUAUUUAAGUAAGCAUGCUGUUACCGUCCAGCAACGUAUAGGGUAUGUCACAGUCAUUAAGGGUUUUCUACAUCCCAGCAGUAAUAUUGUUCAUUAUAACCCAUUAAAGGGGAGAACAUUUUACAAUGUUCCUUUAAGGAUAGCACUUCCAGUGUUCAUUUGAAGACCUGAAAAAGAUCAGUAAAUUCAAGAAGGAUCCCAAUCCAAUACACCAUUUUUAUUUUUUUGUGGUGAAUACGCCAUCUGUCAUUUAUAAGAUCAUGGUCAUUUUCUCACUAAAUAUAGAAAAAUCUUAAUUAAAAGGGAUACUAAACCCAGAUUUUUCUUUUUAGGAUUCAGAUAGAGCAUGCAAUUUUAAGCAACUUUCUAAUUUAUUCCUAUGCUUGUGCAAUGUUAAAUACCGACAGCAUACGCUGUCUGCAUUUAGCGAUGUUGGGCGGACAUGAUUCGCUACAGCUAAUCAUGUCUGCCCGCCAUUUAAUAAAUCGGCCCCUUAGAGAUUAAUUAUUUCAGGGUUAGCACUAAAAAACCUUAAAGGGACAUGUAACCCAAAAUUUUUCUUUUAUAAUUUAGACAGAGCAUUUUAAACAACUUUCCAAUUUACUUCUAUUAUUUAAUUUGCUUCCUUCUCUUGUUAUUCUUUGUUGAAAGGUUUAUCUAGGAAAGCUCAGGAGCAGCAAAGAGCAUAAGUUCUAGCUGCUGAUUGGUGGCUGCAUAUAUAUACUGAUUGUCAUUGGCUUACCCAUGUGUUCAGUUAGAAACCAGUAGUGCAUUGCUGCUCCUUCAACAAAUGAUACCGACAAUUAAGCAAAUUUGAUAAUAGAAGGAUUUUUUUUUUUACCUAAAUCAUGAAUACAUUUUUUUCAUGUCCCUUUAAGAUUAUCUGUUUACUUGGAUAAAAAUUGUAAAAUAAAAAAAAAUUACGGAUAGUUUUACAUAAGUUUAAAGGGAUAUGAAACCCAAUAUUUUUUUUCAUGAUUCAGAGAGAGCAUGCAAUUUUAAGCAACUUUCUAAUUUACUCCUAUUAUCAGCCACCUAUCAGCAAGCACUACCCAGGGUGCUGAACCAAAAAUGGGCUGGCUCCUAAGCUUACAUUCCUUUUCUUUUAAAUAAAGGUACCAAGAGAAUGAAGACCGCUGCUCCUUAACUCAUACGCCACCUCUGAUGCGGCGUACAACAAUCAGCCCGAUCACAUACGAUCGGGUUGAUUGACACCCCCUGCUAGCAGCCGAUUGGGCGUGAAUCUGCAGGGGGCGGCAUUGUACAAGCAGUUCACCAGAACUCCUUGUGCAAUGUUAAAUGCCGACUGCGUAUGCUGUCGGCAUUCGGUGAUGUCAGGCGGACAUGAUCACUAAAGCGGAUCAUGUCUGUCCGACUCUUAAUAAAUCGGCCCCUAGGAGUAAAUUAGAACGUUGCUUAAAAAUGUGUGCUCUAUCUGAAUCAUGAAAGAAAAUAUGUGGUUUUUCAUAUUCCUUUAAUGAUGAUUAUAUAAUUUAAUAUGUGCACCUCUUACAGUUGAUUGAUAAUAUGGGGCAUAUUUAUCAAGCUCCGUAUGGCGCUUCAGGCCCCUUGUUUCCAAGCUCGCCGGAAACAGAAGUUAUGAAGCCGCGGUCUAAAGACCGCUGCUCCAUGACUUGUCCUCCUGCUCUGAGGCCGCGGACAGAAAUCAACCCGAUCGAAUACGAUCAGAUUGAUUGACACCCCCUGCUAGCAGCCGUGUAUCUGCAGGGGGCGGCAUUGCACCAGCAGUUCACAAGAACUUCUGGUGCAAUGAUAAAUGCCGACAGCGUAUGCUGUCAAUGUGCAAAGGACAUGAUACUCUACUUAGUAUCAUGUCCGCUCGCACAUUGAUAAAUAUACCCCUAUGUCCUAAUGAUCAAAACUAUUGUAAAAGAGAUUAGAUGUAUGAGCAAGAAUAGUUUGUCUAAGAACAGAAGAGGUAAGUCUUGAUUUAAAAUGUUCCCAGAAUAAGGUCUUGGAGGAUUUUCAAUUCAAAACCAUAGAUGAUUCUGAAAAACAAGGGAUCUUAGUUUUAGCGGUCUUAUGUAGAAGGUAAUGACUUUCUAUGAUAUCAGUUUAGUUAAAUGUCACAUCUGUCAUAGGAGCCAUAAAGUAUAAUAUAUAUAUAUAUAUAUAUAUAUAUAUAUAUAUAUAUAUACUGUAUAUAUAUAUAUAUAUAUAUAUAUAUAUAUGCAUACAGUAUAUAUACAAUCGUAUGCAAAAGUUUGUGCACUCCUGACAAUUUCCAUGAUUUUCAUUUAUAAAUAAUUGGAUGUUUGGAUCAGCAAUUUCAUUUUGAUCUAUCAAAUAACUGAAGGACACAGUAAUAUUUCAGUAGUGAAAUGAGGUUUAUUGGAUUAAUAGAAAAUGUGCAAUAUGCAUCCAAACGAAAUUAGACAGGUGCAUAAAUGUGGGUACCCCAACAGAAAUAUUGCAUUAAUAUUUAGUAGAGACUCCUUUAGCAGAAAUAACAGCCUCUAGACGCUUCAUAUAGCCUGUAAUGAGUGUCUGGAUUCUGGAUGAAGGUAUUUUGGACCAUUCCUCCUUGCAAAACAUCUCCAGUUCAGUUAGGUUUGCCAAGCAUGGACAGCCCGCUUCAAAUCACCCCACAGAUUUUCAAUGAUAUUCAGGUCUGGGGACUGGGAUGGCCAUUACAGAACAUUGUACUUGUUCCUCUGCAUAAAUGCCAGAGUAGAUUUUGAGCAGUGUUUUGGGUCGUUGUCUUGUUGAAAUAUCCAGCCCUGGCGUAAUUUCCACUUUGUGAAUGAUUCCUCAACAUUAUUCUCAAGUUUCUGCUGAUAUUGAGUGGAAUGCAUGCGAUCCUCAACUUUAACAAGAUUCCCAGUAAAGGGAGGAGACAGAAGCUAGUAGUACUACACAUAAAUCUGGGAAUAUGUCUCUUAUUACCCCUUUAUCUAAUGUAGGUACUAAAUAUUCAUUAGAACAAGAAAGAGAAACUGAAACUCUAGCUUCAGGCAACACUGAGCAGGCUGAAAUUGUGCAGGUUUUUUCAAAGGCACCAAAAAGAUUCGAAGGGGGGGGGAGGAGAAAUGGGAGAAAAGGGAAUUCUCAAAGGGACCCCAUUACCCCCCAGAAGAGGCAGGUCACAGACCAAGUACAAGUAAAUUCUAUUGUCAAUUUGUCUUCACGUCCACUCAAUGAAUUGGAACACAAAGUUUUGAGCUUUGGUCUCAACUUUGUACCUACCAAUAAUUUUAACCUUUUUCAAACGUUGGUGGACGUUAACAGGUUGAUAAGGAAUUUGACUUUAAAAAAACAUUACAGCACAACAUCCAAUGAACCUUUAUUAGACAGGGAAACUACUGAUUACAUUUCAGCUCACAAGGAUCCCCCUCUUUCUUUUGGGGAGGCCUGGGAUUUAGAGAAUUUGGAGGUGUUGCGAACAGAGGGACUAUUGGAAUUAGAUACAUCUGAUAACACAUUUGAUAAAGGUCCUUCUUUUCGCCCUACCUCCAAAUAUUAUCCCAUACACACCAGAGGUACAAUUUUGGAAAAAUUUCAGAGCAGGGUUGAAUCUGAUUUAAAUAAAUUGGCUUACACCAUUCAUGGGAGUAAUUACUCCAACCUUAGUAAGGAGGAGUUUUCUACCCUGAAUAGUCUUAAGGAGAAUCAUAACUUGGUGAUCAGGUCAGCUGAUAAGGGGGGGUCAGUAGUAGUUAUGGAUAAGAGUUUUUUUUAUCCAAGAAGCAUUAAGACAACUCACUGACCCCUCACAAUACCAAGUAUUAGACUUCCAUCCUGUACACCGUUUCAAACGUGAUUUGUUACAGUUAUUGGAUGAUGGGAAGGAAGAAGGGUACAUAGAUCAACCCACAUUUGAUUUUUUGGUGGUAGAUUGCCCUAUAACUCCCAUCUUCAAUUUUUUGCCCAAAGUCCACAAGUCUCUUGUGGACGUGAAAGGCAGGCCCAUUAUUAGUGGUAUUGGCUCUCUGUUCGAACCCCUUUCUCAGUGGCUGGAUGAAAUUUUGCAGCCACUGGUUAGGGGUCUUAAUAGUUAUCUGAGAGACACCAAACAACUACUAAAUGAGAUGGACAAUGUAGUUUGGAGGGAGGGAUACAGUUGGCUCACAAUUGAUGUUGUGGCACUGUACUCCUCCAUUCCACACAGCAAGGGCCUAGAAGCUUUAAAUUUUUGCCUGUCAAGAUUUACUAACUAUAGCCACAGGUUCUGUGGCUUUAUCCUCAGAGUGACAGAAUUUUUACUUACACACAAUGCCUUUGUUUUCGAGGGAGUUCAUUACCUCCAGAGAUGUGGGACAGCUAUGGGGGCAAAGUUUGCCCCUUCAUACGCCAACCUUUUUAUGGGUUGGUGGGAGCUGUCCCACAUCUUUUGAUGUGAUGAACUUUGGAAACAUAAGAUCAUGUAUUAUAGGAGGUAUAUUGACGACCUGCUAAUGAUCUGGUAUGGUACAGAAGAGGAAGCUUUGAGCUUUGUAUCCCUACUUAAUGAAAACAGUGUUGGCAUAAAAUUCACAUCUGAAUUUAACAAAACAAGUAUUAAUUAUUUGGAUGUCACUCUGACAGGCAUGAAUAACAGUCAUGUUAGUAGUAGAGUAUACAGGAAACCCAUCACUGGCAAUACCCUCCUCCAUGCCAAAAGCAACCAUCCAAAAAGAGUCUUUAAGUCGGUCCUUAAAGGACAAUUUAUUAGACUCCGGAGGAAUUGCACAACGGAUAAGGAAUAUGAAACACAAUCUUUAGAGCUGGAGGAGAGGUUUUGCGAAAGAGGCUAUAAAAGAGACCUUGUCAGUCAUCAUAGAUUGAACAUUGGGGCAAACCCAAGAAAUAUCUAUCUUGAAAAUAAAAUCAAAGAUAGAACAAAUGAAUUCGAGGGGGUAUCUUUUAUUACCCAAUACAGUAACCAAUUCCACCAGAUCUGCAAUAUUGUUAGGAAACACUUCAAUAUUCUUAAAGCAGAUGAUGGCUUGGUAGAUACUGUUUCAAAAGGGUGUAGAUAUGCCUUCAGACGUGGUGUAAACCUUAGUAAUAUACUUGCUCCUACACAGCUUAGAGUUAGGGAUGAGGUAGGCUCAUCCUGGAUGACAUUUAAAGGCACCUAUAAAUGCAAUUUCUCUCAGUGUACUGCCUGUGAAUUUUUACAACAGGGAGAAGGCUUCAGAAGCUGUGUAACUGGAGAGAACUUUCGACAUUUCUCUUGUUUGAAUUGCAGAACAAGGUUCGCAAUCUAUUUACUUACCUGCAUAGAAUGCAAUAUACAGUAUACAGGACUCACAACUAGAGAGACUAGAGAAAGGAUUAGGGAACAUAUCUCAAAUAUUAAAAAUGGUAAACUUACUACACCUCUGGUCCAGCACUUUAAAAUUUGUCAUCAAACAAGUAUUAAGUCAUUUAGAUGGACCAUUAUAGAACAGGUCAAAACGAAUAAAAGAGGUGGUGACAGAGAGAGGUUGCUGGAAAAAAGAGAAGUAUUUUGGAUACACAGACUCAGGACCAGAGUUCCAGAAGGGUUAAAUUCAGAAUUUGACCUGAUUAAUUUCUGGGAAUAAAAUUCCUGGUCCUGGGUCUGUGUUUCCACAUUUUAACUCUGAAAUAUGUAAUUACAACACUAUAUCCUUACAUACCCAUUUAGCAUAGAUUAGAGAGAGAGAAAAAUCUAUACAUUAAAACAUUAUUUGUAUAUAUAUAUAUACAAUAAAGAUUUAUAUGGGUAUGCUUGUAAGCUGUAUGCUCUUUAGCAUUAAGUCAAAUUUUCACUUUUGUUGGUUUCAUUUGUAUUUGUUUAUAAAGUAUUUAUACACAUUCAUUGAAUAAAUUAGAAGGAGGUAUUUGGAAAAUUAUCUAUCCCCUUCCAGUUAACAGAUGUAUUAACAAGUAUUGAUGUGACUUUUGAUUAUAUUACAAAUAUUAGGAUUCAUUUUCCAAUAAGUGUUUAGCUUAUUUCAUAUACAUAUGGUUGAUUGUUUAAAUUUAGAAUUCACAAAUGAUUGUAUCUAUCAUAUUUUUGAAAUGGGACAAAUGUUAUCCUGUUGUAUUUAACUUGAGAAGAGCUGGAUCUAGCUUCACUUCAGGUAUGGAACCAGUAUAUAGGACUGGUGCUCACCUGAGACUGCAGCUACGAUUACGGCUUAAUUGCCGAAACAUGUCAGCAGAUAGUCACUGAAGUGAAGCUAUCUCCAUCUACUGCACAGCUUGAGAAUCCUAUAUCCCUGUUGGGACAAAGAUUUUUAAUUGCAAUAAAGAAACUUGAACUUA